ACAAAAUUCCUUUUUUUUUUUUUUAAAGGAAAAAACCUUCUUUGGAGGAAGUUGAACCGCGUCAGCUCAGAGUCUAGCUGCGUCAACCUCGCAGAUGGCGUUCUGCGCACAUUCAACGUAGCCGGAAAGGGAGGACGUGGAGGAAAGUUAGCACCAUCAUCCUCCGCCCCACCAUUCCCGAAACUCGUCAUCGCAAUAUCAGAUUAUAAGUCCUACUCCACUCUCUCUGUCACUCCUUCCCAGCACAGCAGAGAGAGAGAGAGAGAGAGAGAGAGAGAGAUGCCGAAGCUUCUGGGUCGGCCUCCCAUCAGUUCAAUCCACCGUUCUAGCUUAACUGCCGUUCUCCACAAAGCUUCUUUCCCUGUUCGCCUCACUUCCUCUCUCCCUCCUCUCUCCUUCGCCUGCCGAUUCUCCCUCUUCCGCUUUCUCUCUAGCUCUCUCCCGUUUCGUCGCGCCCUUCUCAUCGCUAUCCCUCGAAGAUGCCUCUUCGCGAGAGCAUUCGAUUCGUCUUCUGAAGCCAAGAAAGAUGAACAAGCGUCCAAGGAAGGAGAUGAGCUUUCUGCAAAAUCUGGGGCGGAGACUGCCUACGAGGGGGACAAUGGAAGUCUGAGGACUUCCGGCGACGAGUAUCCGAGUGGUGAGUUUGACUUCAAGGAGAUUAGGGGAUGGAAGAGCUUCGUGGUGAAGCUUAGAAUGCUUUUCGCUUUUCCUUGGGAGCGUGUCCGUAAGGGCAGUGUUUUGACCAUGAAAUUGCGCGGCCAGAUAUCCGAUCAGCUGAAGAGUCGUUUCUCUUCAGGAUUGUCGCUACCGCAGAUUUGUGAAAAUUUUAUAAAAGCUGCAUAUGAUUCCCGUAUUUCUGGCAUCUAUCUCCACAUUGAACCCUUGAAUUGCGGGUGGGGUAAAGUUGAAGAAAUUCGGAGGCAUAUAUUAAAUUUUAAGAAAUCAGGUAAAUUUAUUGUUGGCUAUGCCCCUGCUUGUGGAGAGAAAGAGUAUUACCUUGCCUGUGCUUGCGAUGAGUUAUAUGCUCCACCAAGUGCUUAUUUUGCUCUGUAUGGUUUGGCUGUUCAAGCAUCUUUCUUUGGAGGCAUUUUUGAGGAAGUUGGAAUUGAACCACAAAUACAAAGGAUUGGCAAAUACAAAAGUGCCGGGGAUCAGCUUGUGCGCAAAACAAUGUCAGAAGAAAACUGUGAGAUGCUGACUGCAUUGGUUGAUAACAUAUAUGGAAAUUGGCUGGAUAAUGUUUCCUUCACUAGAGGAAAGAAAAGAGAAGAAAUUGAAAAUUUUGUUAAUGAAGGGGUGUACCAAGUAGAAAGGCUGAAAGAGGGCGGUUGGAUAACAGAUAUAAAAUAUGAUGAUGAGGUAAUCUUGAUGCUGAAAGGGAGACUGGGACUGCAGAAGGAUAAAAAUCUUCCAAUGGUUGAUUAUGGGAAGUACUCUAGAGUUAGAAAAUGGACUCUUGGUUUAUCAGGUUGUAAAGAUCAAAUAGCCAUAAUAAGAGCCUCUGGAAACAUUACUCGUGUAAGGGGUCCAUUUAGCAUGCCUCGUUCAGGUAUUAUUGGGGAGCAAUUCAUUGAGAAGAUUCGUAAUAUAAGAGAGUCAAAAAGAUAUAAGGCUGUUGUCAUCCGAAUUGACAGCCCUGGAGGUGAUGCCCUUGCUUCUGAUUUAAUGUGGAGGGAAAUCCGACUUCUGUCCGCCACUACUCCUGUUAUUGCAUCAAUGUCUGAUGUGGCAGCCAGUGGAGGGUAUUAUAUGGCAAUGGCAGCGGGGAAUAUAGUUGCUGAAAAUCUUACUUUAACGGGCUCAAUUGGAGUUGUCACAGGAAAAUUUAAUUUGGGAAAACUUUAUGAAAAGGUCGGCUUCAAUAAGGAGAUCAUAUCAAGGGGUAAAUUUGCCGAGCUCAGUAUAGCUGACAAUCGCUCUUUCAGGCCAGAUGAAGCUGAACUUUUUGCCAAGUCGGCACAGAAUGCGUAUAAUCAAUUUCGUGAUAAGGCAGCUUUUUCAAGAUCAAUGACUGUAGAGAAGAUGGAGGAGGUUGCGCAGGGGAGAGUUUGGACUGGAAAAGAUGCUGCCACACGAGGUUUAGUUGAUGCUAUUGGUGGGUUUUCACGUGCUGUUGCUAUAGCUAAACAGAAGGCUAAUAUACCCCAAGACACAGAGGUUACCCUUGUUGAGUUGUCAAGGCCCUCCCCGACGCUGCCAGAGAUCUUAAGCGGCAUUGGGAAUUCUAUAAUUGGAGUAGAUAGUACAUUGAAGGAACUGCUACAGAGCUUGACAUUUUCUGAAGAGGUCCAGGCUCGAAUGGAUGGAAUCCUGUUCCAGAGACUUGAGGGAGACUCUUCCGAUAAUCCCAUCUUCUCUUUAAUCAAAGAUUGCCUAAGUUCCUUCUGACCUUGAAGUGCUGGGCAGUUCUUACACCGAUUUUAGUUGGUUCUAAGAUGUGUAGACAGGAUCUUCAGUGUGGGAACAAAAGAGGAAUGCAAUUGGAAGUGGAACUGCAGAAUGAGAGGCAGAAAAAAGAGGGAGGGAGGCGAGUGGUGUCGUUGGAGGGGAGUUAACUGAUGUGUUCUGCUUUGCUAAAAAUGCCAAAGGCUUUCAUAUACUAUACUGCAUUAUAAUUUUCUGUUCUGUUUUUGGUUAAUUACAUUUUCUGUGUCUUUUUGCCAUGCCUUUUUUUUUUUUUUUUCUUCAGUUUUUAAUAGAUAAUAGCCCCUCCAAAAUUGCCUCAAGUCUAUUUACAAUUUUACAUAAUUCAAACAGAUGUCAUCUCUUGAUCUAUCAUCCAAUCUUGAAGAUAGAAAGAGUUGCUUGA